GGGCUGCGACAACACGGAACACGAGUGUCUUUCCGGGUCCUCGCACGCGUCUCUGUGCUCCAGCCGGACUUGCUGCUAUUGAGAGAGCCAACGGUGCAGGAACAGAAAUGAGCAGAAGUGUCUGGCAGAGCAGGAGGAGACGCGGGCGAAGCCACCAGCAGAACCCUGCCUUCAGGCAGAGGGAUUCCAGUGAGAGGUACACCUCGGGGACAUGGCAGAACCCACAAGAUUCUAACCACCAUGAUGCUGAGGCCCCAUCAGCCUCAUCAAGCACAGCUGCAAAGUCGUCUGUGCCAGAACUUCCAGGCUUUUAUUUCGACCCUGAAAAGAACCGCUACUUCCGUUUACUCCCUGGCCAUAACAACUGCAACCCCCUGACCAAGGAGGGCAUCCGGCACAAGGAGAUGGAGAGCAGGAGGCUGCAGCUGCUGCAGCAAGAGGACAAGCAGAGAAAGAAAAUUACUAGAAUGGGAUUUAAUGCAUCUUCCAUCCUACGAAAAAACCAGCUGGGUUUUCUCAACAUCGCCAGUUAUUGCCGCUUAUCCCAUGAGCUGCGGGUGAGCUGCAUGGAGAGAAGAAAGGUAGAGAUUCAGAGCUCAGACCCUUCUGCUCUGGCAAGUGACCAGUUUAACUUCAUCCUGGCAGAUACUAGCAGUGACCGCCUCUUCACAGUGAAUGAUGUCCAAAUCGGAGGCUCCAAGUACGGCAUCAUCAACCUGCAGGGUCUGAAGGCCCCCACGUUCAAGGUGCACAUGCACGAAAACCUGUACUUCACCAACAGGAAGGUGAACUCUGUGUGCUGGGCCUCGCUCAAUCACUUGGAUUCCCACAUCUUGCUGUGCCUCAUGGGCCUUGCAGAGACUCCAGGCUGUGCCACCCUGCUCCCGGCAUCACUGUUUGUCAGCAGUCACCAAGCAGGUACAGACCAGCCUGGUGUGCUCUGCAGUUUCCGGAUCCCUGGUGCCUGGACCUGUGCAUGGUCCCUGAACACCCAGGCAAAUAACUGCUUCAGUACAGGUAUGUCUCGAAGGGUCCUGUUGACCAAUGUGGUGACAGGACACCGGCAGUCAUAUGGGACCAACAGUGAUGUCUUGGCUCAGCAAUUUGCAGUCAAGACUCCCUUAUUGUUUAAUGGCUGUCGUUCUGGGGAGAUCUUUGCCAUUGACCUGCGUUCUCCAAGUCAAGCCAAAGGCCGGAAGGCUACCCACAUUUUCCAUGAUUCAGCAGUGACUUCUGUACGGGUCCUCAAGGAGGAGCAAUACCUGAUGGCAUCAGACAUGGCUGGAAAGAUCAAGCUGUGGGACCUGAGGACCACUAAGUGUGUGAGGCAGUAUGAAGGUCAUGUGAAUGAGUAUGCCUACCUGCCCCUGCAUGUGCAUGAGGAGGAAGGAAUCCUCGUGGCAGUGGGCCAAGACUGCUACACCAGAAUCUGGAGCCUCCAUGAUGCACACCUGCUCAGAACCAUACCUUCUCCUUACCCCACCUCCAAGGCCAACAUUCCCAGUGUGGCCUUCUCUCCUCGCCUUGGGGGCCCCCAGGGAGCCCCAGGGCUGCUCAUGGCUGUCCAGCAGGACCUUUACUGUUUCUCCUACAGCUCAUCCUGUCCAGGCAGUCUGGAGGAAGGCAGCUGGGAGUAAAGCUGGAGUGCCAGGAUUAAAGAUGGGUGUCACCACCGCCCUGUUCUAACAAGGACUUUUAAGUGAAGCUUGUGGUAUCCAGACGGUGUCCUUCCCGCUUGAGGGCAGUGCAAAGUGAUUGACAUGGGGGGGGGGGCCUGGAGAGAUGACUCUGCUGUUAAGAGCAUUGGCUGCUCUUCCAGGGGUCCUGGGUUUGACUCGCAGCACCCACAUGGCAGCUCACAGCCAUCUUUGACUCCAGUUCCAGAGAAGUCAGCACCCUCUUCUGGCCUUGGCACCACGGAUGCAUGAGGUACAGACCUAACAUGCAGUCAAAAAAAUACAGUUUUUUCUAAGUAGUUUCUGUGGGUUAACUUCAGUAAAACGGCAGUUAAAUUGUGGGCUGAGAGCAUGAAAGGCCUUGUCACAAGAGGGGCUUACUGGCUUUUCCUAUUGAGUUCCACAGAUAGGCCCCCUUCAUUGGCAAAGCAGACUCUGGGAUGAAGACCAAUAAAACAAAAUUAGUUAAAGCUGCUGCUUUCACCAGGAACCUCCCAGUGGUGGUGACUUCCUGAGUGUUCAGCGCUGCAGCCCAGGAAGACCUGCAUCUGCCCUGGAGAAGGCAUCUGGGGUGCAGAGGGGACAGCAGGCCGUGGCUUUGUGUCUGAGGAGGGCCAUUACUCAUUGCCAUCUCAGUGCCAGUAAGUCCUGGGUUCUUUUGUUACUGUGCACGGGCAUUGCCAGGGAGACAGAGCCUUGCAAGUGCUACGGCUAUAAACAUCCCUGAACAUGCCUUUCUUGAGUUUUCCAGGAUGUAAGGGACAGCGACUUCUGUUACAGUGACUUGAGUGUCACUUCUAAAGCCCAGGGCCAACUUUGGCUUUGACCUUUUUGUAAUCUUGGAGCUGCAGUUUAUGAAAUAUUUAUAGUGUUAAAAUCCUUUCUACCUAUCAAUAAAGUAAAAAGAAGCA